CUACCAACUCACGGCGCGCGAAUUUACAAGAACCGAAGCAUCUACCAAUUUCUUCGACCCCUCAACCCCCACGGAGCUCUUUUUCUUCUCUCACCUCUCUCUUCACCCAAAACCGAAACCAAAACCCAAAUUCACACCCCAAAAGUUUCCCCUAAUUUACUCUCUUCAAUUCUCUAAUUCCCCAAUAACAUUCUCUUCCUCAUCAUUCCACUUCCACAAUGCUUCCCUGAGCACAUGCCAGUCCUCCUCAUUACUCUCUCCUGCCGUGAACAACAACUCAGCAAUGACCGACUCUCCCAAGGUUGGAUUUUUGGUGCCUUUGAGUGAAAAUCUGGAGGAAAAAAAAACUUCCAUCCCCAAAAUACCACUCUCUGAAGGCUCUCAUACUAUCGGCCGGAAUGACAUUAAGGUCACAGAUAAAAGACUCAGCCGCAAGCAUAUCACUAUAAACGCAUCUCUCGAUGGCUCUGCUGAUUUGCUUGUGGAGGGGACGAAUCCAGUUGUUGUUAGGUCUCAGGAUCAAAGGAAGAGGAUUAAGUCUCAAGAAAAGUUGAGAAUUGAAAAUGGUGAUGUUAUAGAAUUAAUUCCUGGGCAUUACUUUUUCAAGUAUGUCAUUGUGAAGGAUGAGAAAAACCAAUCUUCACCUAAUAAGCUAAAAAGGGCUUCCAAUGAGGCAAGUAAGCUUAGUGAAGGUGAAGGACUAAAUCAGAAGAGGAUGCGACAAGUUUCUGACAAAGCUUCCUCAGAAAAGUUGAAGGCCGAGCUUGACGAUGGUGGUUUAAAACAAGGAAGCUCUUCAGAGGCCAUUCGAAGCUCUUCAGAGGCCAUUCGUCAUUUUAACAUUCCUAAAGAUAAACUACCUUCGACUUUUCGACUGUUGAAAGUCCAAGGGCUGCCAACAUGGGCUAAUACAAAUGCUGUUUCUAUAGGGGAUGUGAUUCAGGGAAAUGUACUUAUUGCUAUCCUCUCAAAUUAUAUGGUGGACCUUGACUGGUUACUUUCCGUGUGUCCAACGUUAAAAAAGGUCCCUCAUGUUUUGGUCCUUCAUGGAGAGGGCGACGGUACCCUAGAGUAUAUGAAGAGAAAGAAGCCUGCAAAUUGGAUUCUGCACAAACCUCCGUUACCCAUCUCUUAUGGGACACACCAUUCAAAAGCCAUGCUUCUUGUCUAUCCGCAAGGAGUGAGAAUUAUCGUACAUACAGCAAACUUAAUACAUGUUGAUUGGAACAACAAAAGCCAAGGUUUGUGGAUGCAAGAUUUCCCAUGGAAGGAUCAAAACAGUUCUAGCAAAGCAUGUGGAUUUGAGAGUGAUUUGAUUGAUUAUCUCAGUGCAUUGAAGUGGCCAGAAUUUAAUGCUAAUUUACCAGCCCUUGGCAGCUUCAAUAUCAAUUCAUCGUUUUUCAAGAAGUUUGAUUACAGCAGUGCAGUGGUCAGGUUAAUUGCAUCCAUACCUGGUUACCAUUCAGGCUCCAAUUUGAAAAAGUGGGGACAUAUGAAGAUGCGUGCUGUUCUGCAGGAGUGUGUUUUUGACAAAGAGUUUCAGAAGUCUCCUCUUAUUUAUCAGUUCUCCUCUCUAGGUUCUUUGGAUGAGAAGUGGAUGGCCGAGCUAGCAUUCUCAAUGUCAUCAGGAGUCUCAAAAGAUAAAACCCCUUUGGGUGUGGGGGAGCCAUUGAUAAUAUGGCCUACAGUGGAAGAUGUCAGAUGUUCUUUAGAGGGUUAUGCAGCUGGAAAUGCCAUUCCAAGCCCACUAAAGAAUGUGGAGAAAGAGUUCUUAAAGAAAUAUUGGGCGAAAUGGAAAGCAAGCCACACUGGUCGCGGUCGUGCAAUGCCACAUAUAAAGACAUUCGCGCGUUAUAAUGGUCAAAACCUUGCGUGGUUUUUGCUAACUUCAUCUAACCUCAGCAAAGCUGCCUGGGGAGCACUCCAGAAAAACAAUUCUCAGUUGAUGAUCCGUUCUUAUGAGCUUGGAGUGCUAUUCUUACCUUCUUCCAUUAAACCAGGAAGUAAAUUUUCUUGUACAGAUGAUGGCUAUCCAGCAAAGGACAAUAAUGAUUUGGUGAAAAAUUCUGAAGCCAAGAGAACAACAUUGGUGACACUGGCCAAGCAAGGGAACACGAAUGCAGAUUCAUGUGAAGUAAUUCAAUUGCCUGUGCCUUAUGAGCUCCCUCCUCAACGAUACUCUGCUGAAGAUGUUCCCUGGUCUUGGGACCGGCGUUAUUACAAGAAGGAUGUUUAUGGUCAAGUUUGGCCAAGACAAGUAAAACUAUAUACUUGCCAAGAUUCCUGAUGACAGCAAUAUAGAAGUUAGUUAAGUUACCCGAGAUGGCCGGCUUUCGAUGACUCGGUGCAUAUUUGGGCUCUUCACCGGCAGUGUCAAGUUUAAACUACUCUGCGCCGGCAGUCUUCCUCCACUUCAUUUGGGACCUCCUUUCCGAGCCACCACCUUUUAUAUAUCAAGUUGUUUAUGUGUCGGAAUGAUUUUUUUUUUUUGGUGUCUACAACAAGAAAUGCGCUUGAAUUUUAUUCUGAUUUGGGUAUUUCGGGUUAAAGUCAUGAAAACAAUCUUUUUAUACACGGAGAUUAGCAGGGUACAUCUAACAAUUUUGAGAUCCUACGAUGCAAGCAAGCCUCCAGGCUUGCGCCUACUUCUCCUUUGAGUUCAGCUACUGUCCUGUCC